AUGAUGCUCAGCCAUGUUGACAAAUGGGAGCCACAGAUGGCAGGCAGCCUGGGCGUCAGAGCUGUGGAACCAGCCUUCAGUGCCCCCAAGGGUGACCUUCCCACGCUUGGACCGCUGGGCGAGCAGUCGUGGCAGUCAGUGCGAUGGCGGUCCUGGCAGACUGUGGAAGGCAGCCCGUCGCCAACGCACAGGAAAAAUUCUCUGGAUGCCUGCGAACCCACAGGGCAACGAUUGAACGAGAGGAUUGGCUGUGCACCAGUCACUGCGAACGGGUCCAGGACAAAAGCAGCAAAAAAACGCGUCGAUGCUGGGUUGCUCAGCAAUCCCACAGCCAAGGCAAGUUUGCAAGCAAAGGUGUCUGCAGCUGGCGGUACCAUCCCUUCACUCUGUGCCUGCCACAGCCUGUCACCAUUGGAUCCAUCAUACACGGACCACUGCUGCAUGAACUGUCCACUGUACAAGAAUCCCAAGGCACAGGAGAAGCUCCUGAAAUCUGUGAUACACACGCAUGCACAGUGA